AUGCGUGCAGCGUUGCCUCGCCAAAAAAAAAAAACACAAACUCCAGAGAAACCUGGGGCAUCUCGCGCAAACGUCCGUAGUUGAAAGCAGCAGAGGCCUCCCGGCCGGAGGAAGUAAGCUCCACUGGGGCGUGGUUGUUUCUGAUCCUUUCCUAUGUCAAUUAGGGUCAAGGCUUGGGUCUUGCUCUGCGCCUCCUUGGGACGACCCGGCCCAGCGCAACUAUGAACUUGGAGCGAGUGUCCAAUGAAGAGAAGUUGAACCUGUGCCGGAAGUACUACCUGGGUGGGUUUGCUUUUCUGCCUUUUCUCUGGUUGGUCAACAUCUUCUGGUUCUUCCGAGAGGCCUUCCUUGUUCCAGCCUAUACAGAGCAGAGCCAAAUCAAAGGCUAUGUCUGGCGCUCAGCUGUGGGCUUCCUUUUCUGGGUGAUUGUGCUCACCACCUGGAUCACCAUCUUCCAGAUCUACCGGCCCCGCUGGGGUGCCCUUGGGGACUACCUCUCCUUCACCAUACCCCUGGGCACCCCCUGACAACUUCUGUACAGACAUGCUUAUUCUCCCUGGAUGGGCUCCUCUGCUCUGAGUUCACUCUCUAGCCCCUAAGACUUGUUUCCAUCUCUUGUGUUCUCUGCUGAUGUCCCCCAAUAAAGAAUCCUAACCUUCAA